UCGGCGUUCGAAUGAUCACAAGCCUAAUAAAAUAGUCUGUUGUUUCAUCUCGUUAAAAACGUACCUUUUGGAUUUUGCCUUGUUUUCUUUUGGUGUUCAAAAGCUUUAGUAAUCCGCCUUCUUCGAAAGUACAUAACGAUUUGAUUUCGUUUCAAAAACUGUUUAAAACAUGUUAAAGAAAGGCCCCACUUCGGUAAUGGCGAGGCAUGUCAAACAAGAGGAUUAUGCAGCGCGCAGUUCGGCCCCAAAAGAAAUUGGUUUGGAAGUCACAGAUCCAAAGACGAGAAAGCGAUACGUUCGAGGGAAAUUCCUUGGCAAGGGAGGUUUUGCUAGGUGCUAUGAGCUGCAAGACAAGGAAACGAACCAUAUUUAUGCUGGUAAAAUUGUACCAAAAUCCAUGCUUACAAAACCACAUCAAAAAGAAAAGAUGGCAAUGGAAAUAGACAUACAUCGUAAAUUGCACCACAAGCAUGUCGUUGGCUUCCAUUGCUUCUUUGAAGAUGACGAUUUCAUUUACAUUUUAUUAGAGAUUUGUCGCAAACGGUCCCUAAUGGAACUACACAAGAGACGAAAAGCACUCACAGAACCUGAGGUGCGAUAUUAUAUGAAACAGAUGCUAAUUGGUUGCAUUUACCUUCAUGAUGCAAAAAUCAUUCAUCGAGAUUUAAAACUUGGUAACUUGUUUUUGGAUGAUAAUAUGAGUAUCAAGAUUGGUGAUUUUGGUUUGGCCACGACUGUACAGAGUGACAAAGAUAGAAAACGAACAUUGUGUGGCACGCCAAACUAUAUCGCCCCAGAAGUGCUGAGCAAAAAGGGACACAGUUUUGAAGUUGAUGUUUGGUCUCUAGGUUGUAUUAUGUAUACCUUAUUGGUUGGCAAGCCACCAUUUGAGACAUCUUCUCUGAAGGAAACCUACAGUCGAAUAAAGAGAAACGAGUAUUACAUUCCAUCGAAAGUCGGACCGGUUGCACAAAAAUUGAUUGUGAAGAUGCUGCGUCCAGAUCCGGUGACCCGGCCAACCAUGCAUGAAAUAUACCAAGAUGAGUUCUUUAGGUCGGGAUACCUACCCUCCACUCUACCUGCCAGUGCCCUCUCCAUGGCUCCCAAGUUCAACCCCUCCACCUCCAUCCUGGAACCGAAGGCUAUUGGCAGCGGCAUGAUGCAAAAGGAUGCUAAGGGAUUGGAUGUUAAAAACCCUGCUCAAAGAAGGCCUCUCUUCGAGAUAAACCAUUUGCAACAACCUGGGGUGGCAAUGGUUAAACCAGAGGAGGCAAACAGACGAAGGUCGCAUGCAAUGCAUGUUGUGAACGGGGAAAGUCGCUUAAUGACUUGUGAAGAGGCAAGAAAACACGGUCUAGGGGAAGAUGAAGGUGAUCAAAUUCCGAGUGACUUUUAUUUGUCUGAUCUUCAUAAGCAGUUGAAUUCCUGCUUGUUAACGAAGCCCACCGAAAUGACGUGUGCUAGGCCUGUCCUUAAUCCAGAUGACGCCGAAGAUCCAGCUUGUAAUCCCAUAUUCUGGAUUAGUAAAUGGGUCGAUUACUCAGAUAAAUAUGGCCUUGGUUAUCAGCUGUGCGACGGAAGUGUUGGAGUGUUAUUUAAUGAUAGCUCACGCCUGCUUUUGAAGGAAGAUGGAGAAAACCUCCAGUACAUCACUCGCGAGGGUGUGGAAGAACCAUGCGGUACCCUCACGAAGUAUCUUGAUCAGUACAAGAAGAAGGUUACCCUCCUCCAGUACUUCAGAAAUUACAUGAGCGAGCAUCUUUUGAAAGCUGGUGGUCCUAGAGGAAUGGCUGUAGAAGCGAACGAGGUUUCCAGAUUGCCGUAUCUUAGAACAUGGUUUAGAACACGUCGCGCGAUUGUUUUGCAUUUAAGCAACGGUACUUUGCAGAUCAACUUCUUCCAAGACCACACGAAAGUUAUCCUAUCUCCCUGCAUGGCUGCAAUAACGUACAUCAACGAGAAACGAAACGCAAGGACAUUUAGCUUCAAGAGCAUCGAGAAACAUGGUUGUUGUCGAGAGGUAGCGAAAAGAAUGAGUUACGCCCUAGAUAGAGUGGAAGAGAUGAGAAACUCGCUAAGAAAUCACCAGCCAAUACAACGGCAAGAAGUUGUAAAAUCAAGAGCAGAUCCAUUGCAAGCAAUUAGCAACAAAGCGUAGAGAAAUGUUGCUAGGCCACCGUCGGUAUCAUCAACACAUGCCUCGGUGAAUUUUAGUUUAAGUUGGAGAGAGAGAGCCUGGAAAUAGGGUUUUGUGGGACGCAUGCGCCAACGUUUAUAAUCCGAACGAAAUCUACGCCAAGCGUACCCAAAUAUCUUAUUACAGCAAUUAUAUUUUCUGUAAAUAGAACGACGUACUUUAUAAAUUAGAUGAUUCCAAAUACCUACUCAUUAUUAUAGAUAUUCUGUGCACCGAAUGAAAUUACCUAUGACUAUGUUUCUAGUUUUCCCUUAACACUGUUCGUUUAAAAUAUGCACCAAAUAUCUCUGCUAGGGUAGAUUUAUAUGAAAAACUUUUCUGUAAAUAAAAUAAACUAUAUUU